CCAAGCACCAUCAAUGCCCCGCCCCACUCUGUCGGUUCCUCCACCGGGCGACCCGUUAUAUGGACCUUGAUAACUUCAUGUAAGUCGGGGCUCGGGACGGUUCCUCAGCACACUGCCAACUCCGGUUCCUCCUCCAUCUUCAGCGCACUCUGCAACUCAAGUUCAUUCACGCCACAGCGCACCACAACCACCCCAUGGCCGUGGUGGAAACCGGCAGCUCCGAUGAUAUUCAAGCCCAAGUUCUCCAGACGACUCUUGCCGAGAUAGAGGCAUCCCGACAAAAGGCUACCGGCUCGGACUCGACUGACGACGACGUCAAGCCGCGCAAUUGCUGCGUUAUCUGCCUCGAUUCAAUUUCUGAUUCCUGCACCGCUUUGCCCUGCAACCACGCACACUUCGACUUCUGCUGCCUCCUCCGCUGGUUGGAGCAACACCCGAACUGCCCCCUGUGCAAGGCAAACGUUUACAAAGUCCGAUACGCUGUCCCCCAGGAUCCUGCGGUUAUCUACCGCGUGCCAAACGCCGUCAGGACACGCGACAGUGCAGGACGAGGUGAGCAUACAGUUGGCAGCCUUCGGGACUCAGGCAGACGCCAGCCGCGAUUGCCUCCCUCCGAGAGUGAGGCAGUCCGACGCCGUCGCCACAUCUACCGACACCAACUAUACUCUCUCCGCUCAAACCGCAUCUCCGGCUACCAGCCCCUGCCCACGCCGGCCCAGCUGUCCUCCACCCCACACCUCCUGUCGCGCGCCCGCCUCUGGAUCCGGCGCGAGCUGCAAGUCUUCUUGUUCCUUUCUUCCGACCCCGACGCCGAUUCCAACGAUCACCAUAACAACAACAGCCAUAACAGAUCCGCACGCACACUGCGCCGCCGCAACAACGCCGAGUUCCUGCUCGAAUACGUCGUCGCCAUCCUCAAGACGGUCGACAUCCAGGGCAGCAUGGGCCAGGCCGAGGCCAUGCUGGCCGACUUCCUCGGGCAUGACCACGCCCGUCUGUUCCUGCACGAGCUGCGCUGCUGGCUGCGCAGUCCGGCGCCGUCCCUUGCCGCGUGGGAUCGCGAGGUUCGGUAUCCCGAGGUUACUCGCAAUAUCCCUGUCGUGAGAAGGGGGAGUGUGGCUAGGGAGGAUGGAAGCGAGGGCGAGCGUGGGGACCAGGGUGAGAGAGCAUGGUCCAGUGCGAGUACAGACGGCAGAGGAAGGGGCGGUGCUUCGUGGCAGGACCGGGCCGGGGAUCAUUGGCGGGCUGAUAGCCAGACUAGUGCCGCGUCGUCGGGGGAGAGGAGGAAAAGGAAAUUAAGGGAGGAUGAUGAUGAGACUGGAAAGGGGAGAGCGAAUCGGACGGGGAGGUAAGAUGACCUGCCCCCUACAAAGCUUAUGGUGACAUGGGGAGGAACCGGUCUGUUGAGUAUGACGAUGAUACCCGAUCUUUCAGAUUAUUUUGAAUUGAGGCUUCAAUACUAUGACGGAAUACGACU